AUGUCUCUUAUCACAUACCUUCUCAUCAUCACUGUGAAUCUGACUCUGAUCAUAACAAUCAUUCAGGAGAAAGGUCUCCAUGAGCCCAUGUAUAUAUUUCUGUGUAGUCUAUGUAUCAAUGGAUUGUAUGGAACUGCUGGUUUUCUACCCCAAGUUCUUACUGACCUUCAGUCAGAUGUUCAGGUGAUAUCUUAUAGUGGAUGUUUGAUUCAAACCUUUGUAAUAUACACAUCUGUCAUGUGUGAAAUGUCUAUUCUAACAGUGAUGUCUUACGACAGGUGUGCGAUAUGCAGACCACUACUAUAUCAUACCAUUGUGACAUCUUUAACUUGUCAGAUUGUCAGGACUUGUGUAAAGUCAGCUAAGGGAAGGAUUAAGUUCACACAGACUUGUGUGCCACAUUUAAUAACAAUAUUUAUGUUCAUCACAGUGACCCUGUUUGACAAUUUGCAAGGAUGGAAUAGUAAUGUAAAUAUUACACUAAAUAUGCGUAAUGCAAUGGCCGUACAAUUCCUUGUUAUACCACCUGUCUUUAACCCUGUCAUAUAUGGACUUAACCUCCAGCAGAUUCGAAGGGCAGUUUUUAGAAAGU